UUGAAUCAAUGGGCCAGUUUCCGUUUGCUUCAUGCCUAUUAGUCGAUAUUCACGUCAAUCAAAACAUAGGUCAGCAUUUGGGCGGGGUACGCUGUCUGAAAGGGGCGUGGUCUAAGGAGACCGGAGUGGAGGCGGUGUUAGUGUGCUUACGUUUAGUGUCGCCGUCAAAAGUUGCCCACCUUUUGCCGUCAGUGGAGCCGAACCGGUACCUUUUUCGGUGGUGGGGACAAGGGGGUCUCGCCGUUCUGAACAUGCGCACAAUAUAGGACCUAAACCGCGUCUUUUUAUUUAUUUUUUUAGUUGACGCAAAGUGGCGCGCAACCUGUUUGGUUUUCGUACACUUUGGUUCGGAUCACACCCACUGAGAUUCGGUCCACUUGUUCGUGCACGGUAACCGUGGGUGCUUUUGACGCACACUGUUGGACCCCCACUCGUCUUUCACGCAAAAGACUGUGAGGACUUGUUGCGCCUCAUUUGUGGGAACUGGCGCACCAGUCACCAGUCUGGUCCAGACGAACCACACUCCGCACCUGGUUACGUUCAAGGGCUGAAGGUGCGGUGAGGCUCGAUGGUCGUGCACGACAUCCAUACUGAUAUUUAAAUGGCAAACUUUCGUCUGCUUGAUUCAUUUCCGCGCCUGACUUGACAAAUCAACAACCUGCUCCAACAUGUCCGAGCGAGACAGCGACGGAACGCCGGACUUCAUCCCGGCCAGAGUGUCCCGAAGCCGGCGAAGUGGUGUCAUCUUGCCCAGUGGUGGUGGCCAAGACGCGGAGACCAUCCUGCUGGAGUCCGUGAAGGCAGCACCGAGGCGUAGCAGCAUCAUCAAGGAUCCUUCAGUGCAGAAGGUAGGCGGCGGCAGAAAGAAGACGGUGUCAUUCAGCAGCAUGCCCUCAGAGAAGAAGGUGAGCAGCGCAGCCGACUGCUUGACCUUUAUGCAGGGCGGUUGUGAACUGAAGAAGGUACGUCCCAACUCCAGAGUCUACUGUCGUUUCUACACGCUGGAAGCCGACCUGAGCUGCUUACGUUGGGAGCCCUCCAAGAAGGACGGGGAGAAGGCUCGGCUGGAUGUCUGCAACAUUCGAGAGGUCAGAACAGGGAAGAGCACAGAGACCUUCCUCCAUAACGGACCCCUCUCUGAGCACCUGGCUGAGGAGGCGGCCUUCUCCAUCAUACAUGGCGAGGACUACCAGUCCCUAGACUUGGUGGCGCUGUCAGCCGACGUGGCUAAUAUCUGGGUGACAGGCCUCCGCUACCUGCUAGCGCACCCCUCGGUCAUUGGAGGGGCCGGCGGAGGUGUCGGAGGAGGCUUCGGGCUCGGUGAAGGAGGAACCAUGGAGGGCAGUCUGGGCAGCAAGCUGAGGAGUGAGUGGCUGGCGGCCGAGUUUGCACGUGUGGACGAGGACGGCUAUGGCAUUGUGUCGGAGGACAUGGCAGUGGCUACCAUCUGUAAGCUGUGUCCAGGCAUCAAGGAAGCCAAGGUGUGUCUUCGUUUCAAGGAGAUCCAACGCAGCAAGGAGAAGCUGACCUCCCACGUUACACGAGAGGAGUUCCAGGAGGCCUUCUGCGAACUGUGCACCCGGCCUGACGUGUACUUCCUCAUGGUGCAGCUCUCGAAGGACCGUGAGUAUCUGGACCCUCAGGACCUGCGCCUCUUCUUGGAGACAGAGCAAGGUCUGUCCUUGGCCACAACCGAAGGCUGCUUGGAGCUUCUGAGGCGCUAUGAGCCCUCGGAUCCGGGAAAGGAGAGAGGGAUUCUGGGGUUGGACGGAUUCGCUCGUUACCUGCAGUCCCACGAGUGUCAGCUCCUCGACCCGGACCACGAGGGUGUUUGCCAGGACAUGAACAUGCCCCUGUCCCACUACUACAUCAGCACCUCCUACCGGUCCUACCUUCUGGAUGAUCAGGUCCACGGCAGGGCUGACCUAGGUGGCUUAAUCAAGGCCCUGCAGUCUGGUUGCCGUUGCCUCGAGCUGGGAGUUACAGACGGCCCGGAAGGGGAGCCUCUCCUCGGUGUGGACUACGGUCCAGACAUUUCGUGUCACCACCACCACCACCACCAUCAUCAGCAUCACCACCAUGCUCCAGUUACCAUCCGCUCCGCUCUAGAAGUGGUCAACAAGUACGCCUUCCUCACCUCGCAGUAUCCCCUCCUGGUGUACUUGUGUCAUCGCUGCUCACCCGUGCAGCAGCGCACCAUGGCACAACAUCUAAAGAAAGUGCUCGGUUCCAAACUCUACACUCCAGAGUCCUUGCCUGUCAGCCUGGGAGGACGAGCCACAACCCUACCAUCCCCCGAGCAGCUCAAAGGACGCAUCCUUAUCGUGGGCAAGAAGCUUCCUCCAGAGCAACAAGGCUCAGAUGGGGAAGUGUCUGAGGAAGAAGAGGAGAUAGGAGGUGGAGGACCUCUGGCUGGACGUAGAAUGACCAUUCCAGGUGAGGAGGAUCUUGGUGUGGUCUUGGUGGUCCCGCCUCCCUCUCAACCAAGGAAGCUCCGCCUUCACAGAGACCUCUCCGACUUGGUGGCCAUUGCCCGUACAGGCAGCCGUCACUUUUACGCCCAAAGAACCAGUCACAAGCAGCACUCGCCGCCCAGCAGUCCCGGUUCUCCUGGCACCCCCUCAGCUGUGGAAACCCCCUACUGGACACUGUGCUCCCUGGGCGAGGGGGAGGCCGGGCGGCUCACCACAGAGAGCCCAGAAGAUCUGGUGAUGUUCACCAAGCGUACUCUAACAAGGGUACGGCCCAGCUCAGUGCGCCUGGAUUCCAGUAACCCCAACCCGCAAGGGUACUGGAAAGGGGGGGUGCAGCUUGUGGCCUUAAACCAGCAGACCCCUGGUGCCAUGCUGGACCUUCACAAAGGACGCUUCUCUCAGAAUGGAGGGUGCGGGUAUGUUCUGAGGCCCGCCGUCAUGAGGGACGAGGUGUCGUACUUCAGCGCCCACACGCAGGGAUGCGUACCAGGGGUUCCGCCUCAGACUCUCCGAAUUAAGCUUAUUAGUGCCCACAACCUACCAAAACCUCAGGGAUCAGGUGCCAAGGGCGAGGUCAUUGACCCCUAUGUGGUUCUGGAGCUGCAUGGCGUUCCUGCUGACUGUGCAGAACAGCGCACACGCACCGCUCUGCAGAAUCAGGAUGACCCCCUUUUUGAUGAGACCUUUGAGUUCGAGGUGAACAUGCCAGAACUGGCCUUGCUGCGUUUUGUGGUUCUGGAUGAUGACUACAUCGGCGAUGACUUCAUCGGCCAGUACAGUGUGGCUUUCGAGUGCCUUCAGUCCGGCUACCGCAACGUGCCCCUGCUGGGCCUGAUGGGAGAGCCCUUGGCCCACGCCAGCCUCUUUGUCCAUGUGGCCGUCACAAACCGGCGAGGGGGUGGGAAGGCCCAUCGCCGGGGUUUAUCGGUGAGGAGGGUCGGGCGACGGGGGCGGGAGUACGUUACGCUGAGGAACACGGGCAUCAAGGUGGUGGACGAGACUUUCAAGCAGGCCAGUGCGCCCCUGAAAGAGGUGAUGGACCUGAGGGAGGAAGCUCAGGGCACCAUUGCCAGUUUGAAAGAGCAGUGUGGACUCCCCACGGUGGCCAAACUCAAGCAGUGCAUCCAGUGCCUGGCCACCCGGCUGCAGAGCCCCGACGGCACCAUGGGGGCCACCAUGGUUCUCAAGGAGGGGUACCCAUCCCUGGAGGCGCUGGUCAGUGUUUCGGAGACCACGCGAAAACUGCUCACCGCCUAUGACACGAUGAUUGCCGCGCAAAAGCAGCUGAUUGAGAAUGCUGAUGCUGUCCUGGAAAGGAUUGCUCAGGUGCAGAAAGAAGGAAUGGACUUCCAUGAAGAUCUGUCCCGGCUGUCGGAGAAGGAGGGAUUGAAAGGAUGCAAGCUGAACAAAGCAGUGGAGAGUUUCACCUGGAACAUAACAGUUCUCAAAGGUCAAAGCGACCUCCUGCGUGGAGCUAAAAUGGAUUCUCUGGACGCUCUGAGGCAGCUGGCCCUGGCCUGUGAGGCCUCUGGACUCACCUCACCUUCCUCCAACUCCUCAUCCUUGUCCACCUUCUCCAGUUCUACGGCCGAGCUGCACUACACCUCGCAGACCUCUAGCGGGCGCCGCCGGAGCAGCACCCACAGCAAUGGACGUGUCUGAUGUUGAUGUCAGGAUAUAAUCCCUUUAUCAAUCUGUCAAAGCCUUACAGGGGUCCCAUCUGAAGGAGAGACCUUUCCUGAAUGUCGAAGCUCCCAAAUGGAAUGGAAGAAACUUUAUUUUUCUGAAGGAACAUUCCAGAUGCAACACUGUAAUGCUAGCAUGUUGCUCUCGUGAGGUAGAAGUUUGUUAACUCCAGGGCCAUCACGGCUACGGAGGCAGUUGGUGUGGCACAAAAAGUUCUUUUCGAGAUACCCAUUCUCUUGCUCUCUUGCUUUUUUCCCCCACAUCUAACUAAACAGAGCUUCAUCAGUUUCCUUUGUGCACUACCUUAGCAGACUGGGAACCAUAUUUGGUACCAAUGUACAUAAAAGUGAACCAUGUCAAUGAUUUUUUUCCCAGCUAAUAAUAAUAAUAAUAAUAAAAAUAAUAACAACAACAACAACAACAAUAAUAAUAAUAAUAAUAAUAAUACUUUUCUUAAAAACUGAAAAUGUCUCAAAAGCAAGUAGAACAUAUGGUUGACUUUAUUAGGGUUUUUUAAUUAUCAAACAAUAUGAAAUAUUUUCGGGGGGCACGGCAAUCGGGUGGUUAGCACAUAGACCUCACAGCUAGGAGACCAGGGUUCAAUUCCACCCUCGGCCAUCUCUGUGUGGAGUUUGCAUGUUCUCCCCGUGCAUGCGUGGGUUUUCUCCGGGUACUCCGGUUUCCUCCCACAUUCCAAAAACAUGCUAGGUUAAUUGGCGACUCCAAAUUGUCCAUAGGUAUGAAUGUGAGUGUGAAUGGUUGUUUGUCUAUAUGUGCCCUGUGAAUGGCUGGUGACCAGUCUUGGGUGUACCACGCCUCUCGCCCAAAGACAGCUGGGAUAGGCUCCAGCACCCCCACGACCCUCGUGAGGUAGAAAAUGAAUGAAUGAAUGAAAUAUUUUCAGUUAUAAAAUAAAUACAGUACUGCUAGUAAUUUUCCCCCUAUUUUAUUUGAGGACGUGACCUUGUGUUCAAUAUUAAUGUGACCUCCUUAGGGUUUGAACAUAUAAAUCUGUGUCUUAUUGGAUUUCACCACACUUCAAUUACAUAGCAAAUUUGAGCUCUGACUAUGUUUUUUUCCUCAAUUGAAAAAUGUCCACCAUAUAUGAUGAACAUAUAUGAAGUAGAGCAACAGUAUUGGAUUGCAGAAUUAACUUGAUGUGCUGCACUUGGGUGGCCUUUUGUCUCUGUCAUGUCAACUCUUGAGAGGUUGAAAUGUGAGGACGGGUAAUUGGAGAGGCGACGUAUAGUACAGGUGUGGAUCACAUGAACCCACUUCCUACAACGUUACAAACAUACAUGUGGCGUGUAGCGGUGGUGGUAAACUUACACUGUACAUUAAUGUAGCAAUAAGAACAAUGGAGACAUGUAAACUAGAGUGUGUGUGUGUGUGUGUGUGCACUGACUGACUUUCUAAUUGUACACAUUGACUCUUUGAAUGUGUCUGAACAUCCUGUUGAUGAUGGUUGUUAACAUUGGCCUUUUUUUUGACUGUAAAUGUGUUUUCUUCUCAUUAUUACAUCUUCCUUUAAUCUUUCUGUGUCUGUUUCUGUUCACCUGACAGAAGCAAACCAGCUGUAGGUAUAGUAGUGCAUGACAUUUAACACUCCACACCAAUAGGGGGUGGCAUACCCCCCAAAGUUGAAAAAUGGCAAGGCCUACUGUUAUUAUUUUUGCUGCUGACGCUUAAACCGUCAUUUUUGGAAGGGAAACGCCCAAAAGGAAUUACAGAACACAUUUCAUUUCAAUUACCAAUAUAACUGUCAAAGAUCCUUUACAUGGCAGGAGUGCGCUACUGUUUUUAAGAACCUAAAAUGUUCAAAGGCAGUCGUGUGCAUGACUGGGGCACUCUACUGUUUUUCUACUGUUAUACUACACAAAUGUGAAUCAAUGAUCCAAAUUCUCUUCUAUUUUUAAAGGCCUACUGCGAAAAGGCUAGUCAAAGAUCCUCUACAUAAUAAAAAUGCGUGUCUGUUUCAAAACGCUAGUCAAAGAUCUGGAACAUGACAAGAGGACUGUAUUGUUUUUAAAGAUGUCAAAAAGCAGUUUGUUCUUUUUGAGGUACUCAUUCUUUGCUUUGUGUUUAAUUUGCGCGCUACUUUAGCGGACUGGGAACCAUAUUUGGUACCGUAAAGGUGGACUCAAAUAUACGUAAGUCAAAAAGUUAUAUGACAAGAGCUCUGUUGUUUUUAAUUCAAAAAUGUGAGUCAAAGAUCCUCUAAAUUACAAGAGCACUUUUUUUUCUCGAUGUUUGAUUUUAAGAAUGUACUACAAAAAUGCUAGUCAAAGACCCUCCCAAUGACAAGACCAAUCUACUGUUUUUAAGGAUGCGCUACAAAAAUUCUCGUCAAAGGUUCUUUAUAUGACAGGUUGCUGUUUUUAAGGGCGUACUGCAAAGAUGCUAGUCAAAGAUCCUCUUCAUGGUUCUUUUUCUUUUUUUUUUCUGAAUUCAAAGACAGGCGGCACGGUGAUCGAGUGGUUAGCGCACAGACCUCACAGCUAGAAGACCAGGGUUCAAUUCCACCCUCGGCCAUCUCUAUGUGGAGUUUGCAUGUUCUCCCCGUGCAUGCGUGGGUUUUCUCCGGGUACUCCGGUUUCCUCCCACAUUCCAAAAACAUGCUAGGUUAAUUGGCGACUCCAAAUUGUCCAUAGGUAUGAAUGUGAGUGUGAAUGGUUGUUUGUCUAUAUGUGCCCUGUGAUUGGCUGGCGACCAGUCUUGGGUGUACCACGCCUCUCGCCCAAAGACAGCUGGGAUAGGCUCCAGCACCACCCGCGACCCUUGUGAGGAAAAGCGGUAGAAAAUGAAUGAAUGAAUGAAUUCAAAGACUCGUCCAAUGUCAUUCACGGGCCAGAUUGACACCAUCAAAGAUACCCAUGACUUUGAUUUUAAUGUCACAUUAUUCACUGAGAAAUUAAAGAAAAAUGUAGAAAAAAUAUGGUACUGUAUUCAUAUGUGAUUAAGUGGACUCUUGCAUGUGCACCUUUAUACUGAUCUGCACCAAAAUCUGAUGGGUACUUCAUUUGACUCCUGUACAAAGUUUUAUGGAAAAUCAUUUCAUCAAAUAAUCACAAACACGUACAGUUGUUUUGAAAUGCAGUGCUCAUUCCAGUAAUUUACCAGUCGUGUGUCCAUUCAGGGUGACAAGUUGGGCUUCUAUUGCCAAACUUUUUUUACAGGCUAAUGGGGACUUUUGAGGCUUUCUGCCACUGGAGAUCCGAUCUCGCCCAUACAUGAAUGAUGCAUCCGCGACCCGUAAAACAAACCACAGUAUUACCUUUCUGACAAGACACGUGUCAGAGAGCAAACAAGGCAAUAAAGGGGAUUGAUCCAUGUACAUGCGACCAAAACAUAGCAAAGAAUGUUCGGGGAGGAGAUUGCGGGGUUCGGCGGGUUGCUGGGUCUGGUUUCAGUAAUUAGGUCUGACCUGGUUCAAUGUUGAGCCUGGUUUUUAGAAUAAUGCAUUGGGAGUGUACUGUAUUUACAAAGAGGAUCCAAUCACUAACACCCAACAUGUAUGAUGAUGAUGAUGAUGAUGAUCAUGAUGUCCUUAAAGAGGAACUGCACUUUUUGGGGGAAUUUUGCCCAUCAUUCACAAUCCUUAGGCGGCACGGUGGUCUAGUGGUUAGCGCGCAGACCUCACAGCUAGGAGACCAGGGUUCAAUUCCACCCCAUCUCUGUGUGGAGUUUGCAUGUUCUCCCCGUGCAUGCGUGGAUUUUCUCCGGGUACUCCGGUUUCCUCCCACAUUCCAAAAAGCAACAGAACAUGCUAGGUUAAUUGGCGACUCCAAAUUGUCCAUAGGUAUGAAUGUGAGUAUGAAUGGUUGUUUGUCUAUAUGUGCCCUGUGAUUGGCUGGCGACCAGUCCAGGGUGUACCCCGCCUCCCGCCCAAAGACAGCUGGGAUAGGCUCCAGCGACCCUCGUGAGGAAAAAGCGGUAGAAAAUGAAUGAAUCACAAUCCUUAUGCAAAACAUGAAGACAUAUUUAUUUUCCAUUUCUGUGCAUUAUAACACAAGAAAACAAGUUAAUAGGAGCGAGCUAACAAUGGACGUCAUUGGGACACACCUGUUUCAAUUAUGAAGCCCUCUAAAAAAACCUCUCACAAUUUUGUAUCAUUUGAUAUUGCAUUAACACGUACACUGAUGAUAACAUGUAGUAGUUCUUGCCAUAAUUUUGAUGAUUUAAAACACGACCGAAACUUCUUUUCUAAGCGCAACACUUACGAUGUCCGCUCUCCUUGAAUGGCUGUGUCUUCCAGCACAAGAUGUGUGAUCCAGUCCUCAGGUAAAAAAUGCUGACGGCAAACGAGCAUCUUGUUGAGUCUUUGUUGAGCAAAAUAUAGAGCAAGGUAUCGACUAGCGAUUAGCGACGCAUCGUGUUAGUCCGUUGCUGGCUUAUUAGUCUUAUAUUAACUUGUUUUCUCGCGCUAGAAUAUACAGAAAAGAGAAAGAAAUAUGUGUUCAUUUUUCAUAUAAGGAUUGUGAAUGACAGGCAAACUUUCCCCAAAAGUGCAGUUCUCUGGUUAUUUCUUAUUUCCUGGUUUAACAUGUCAAACUAACCCCUGAACUUCCUCCCACCUAAACUUACUGUAGCAGUGAGACUCACAAUGACGCAUUAAAACACGAUACGGUUAUUGGAAUGUAUUAUUUGUUAUGCAAGAUAUCAUACUAUUUGAACUCUACAUGUUAGGCUAGCCACCCCAAUGUAGUUUUGUCAAAUGUAUUUUUAAAAAAUUAUCAAAAAAGACAGAUUAUAUAUUGACAAACACAACAAAUACUUUAUUUUAUGUUUGUUUUGUAAGCUCUAAAGUACAAUAAUGUCUCAGCCAUUCACACAUACUGGUGUGAAGUGUCCUGCUAUCUUUCAAAACCUUAAACAGAGGAACAACUACAUCUCCGACUUUAAUUUCCGAUUCUUCAUUUGUAGUUUUUCCCCAGAGGCAGGAUGGUGCAUUCAGGUGUCCCUUGUUACCCACGUGUCCUUAAACCCUAAGCACCUCUCUGUAUCUCUCUUUAUAAUGUAUUUGUACGUGUCAUUUUAAUGUGGACAAUGCUAUGUAAACAGGUUGAUGAUGAUUGUGAAGGUGGUACCACCUGUGUUCCAUCUCCUGUGGCUUCUGCAGUGUAUGUCGGUGUUGGAUUUAACCUUUGACGCAAUGUUGGUCUCUCAACUGUUCUAACACUCACUUUUUGUCUUUGUGUUUUGUAAGAUGGAAGAAAGACCAAAAUAGAAAUAUUUAUUGAUGUGUAUUUUAAAGGAUAUAAAUAAAAACAAUUAUUAAUAAUAACAUAAUUGCUAUUUCUUUUAUUUUGAAAAGCAUUCUCAUAUCAAUAGGUAGCUCUUAUGUAACAACAGUUUAUGUAAUCCCUGACUGAGUAAAAUAAAGUUAUCUUUUUAUGA